AUGGUUGCAAAAACACGGACAAGAGACAGCGCCGCACUCAAGAAACUCACUUUCAACGAAAAGAUUGUCGGAAAAGGAUUAUCUACCGACGCCCUCCUCAAGAAACUCAAGCAGCUACACACAGAACUCGCAGAACUCGAUCAAGAGGGCGUCGACCUCGCUUCCCUCAACAACGCACGUUCCCAGCUCAUCAACACCUCCGUCACCCUCCACAAAGACCGUGGCGUCAAGGCAUACGCCGCAUGCUGCCUCGCUGAUAUCCUUCGCCUCUAUGCCCCUGACGCGCCGUACACACACAACGAGCUCCGCGACAUAUUCCAGUUCUUCUUCCGACAGCUGUCCACCGGCCUCAAGGGGUCCGACGCGACAUACUACAAUGAGUACUUUCACCUCCUCGAGUCCCUCUCCACCGUCAAGAGCGUCGUUCUCGUCUGCGACCUCCCCCACGCCGAAGAGCUCAUGGUCGAGAUAUUCCGCGACUUCUUCGGUCUCAUCCGCCGCGACCUCGCCAAGAAGAUCGAAAUGUUCAUCGCAGACAUCCUCAUCGCCCUCAUAGACGAGUGCCAGGCCCUGCCCUCCGAAGUCCUCGACACCCUCCUGGCCCAGUUCCUGGACGAGGAAGCCCGCAUCGACAAAGGCGCCUACCGCCUCGCCGUCCAAGUCUGCAACGCCACCGCCGACAAGCUCCAGCGCCACGUCUGUCAAUACUUCACCGACAUCAUCGUCGCCCACUCGCGCGAGGAAGACCUCGACGAGAUCCGCAAGGCGCACGACCUCGUCAAGCAGCUCAGCCGCGCCUGCCCCGCCCUCCUCCACAGCGUCAUCCCGCAGCUCGAGGAGGAGCUCCGCGUCGAGGACGUCCAGGUCCGCCUCAUGGCCACCCAGGCCCUCGGCGACAUGUUCGCCGACAAGGGCGGCGCCGACCUCAUCAGGAAGUACCCGACAGCGUGGGCCGUGUGGCAGAUGCGCAGGAACGACAAGGCCCCGGCGGUCCGGCUGAAGCUCGUCGAGAGUGCCAAGGGGCUCAUCGUCAACCUGCGCGACUCGCGCGAGGUUGUUGAAGACAUGCUGCGAAGCAAGCUGCUCGAUCCCGAUGAGAAAGUGCGCGCGGCAGUCUGCAAGGUGUACGCCCAGCUGGACUACGAGACCGCCCUGCACCACGUUUCCGAGGACCAGCUACGGUCGGUAGCCAACCGAGGCCUGGACAAGAAGCAAUCCGUCCGCUCAGAAGCCAUGAACGCCAUCGGCAAGCUAUACAGCCUCGCCUAUCCAGAAAUAGAGGCAGGCGAACCGGUCGCAACGAAGCACUUUGGCUGGAUACCAAACGAGAUCGUCCAAAUCGCCAGCAUAUCCGUCGAGUCCAAAGCAACGGCCGAACAGGUCCUCGCAGACUACAUCCUCCCCUUCCCCUCAGCCAAAGCGAGCGAGAUCGACGAGGCAGCGUGGACAGACCGUCUGCUCAACAUCAUGCAGGCGCUGGACGACGAGAAAUCCGUGAACACGCUGCUGAAUAUAAGCGGGAUACGAGCGAACCGUCCCACUGUCUACGAGCACUUUGUGCAGGCCUGCAUUGACCACAACGGAGGAGUUAUUGACGAGAACGAAGACCAAAUCAAGCAGAAGCUAGACCAAACCGCCCGAUACCUCUCACGCACAUACCCCGACGCGCAAAAAGCAAACGACGACCUGCACGCGUUCGCCGACGCGAACGAGGCGCGGCUCUACAAGCUCCUCAAGACGUGCACAGACACCCAAUCCGACCUCAAGAGCCUCGUCAAAGCCUCCUCCGAGUUCCUCCGCCGCACCGAACAAUCCGCGCCCUCCGCCCUCGGCACCAUGUCCAUCUUCCUCCGCCGCGCGACGCUCCGCCUCGUCAACACGUCCUCCGUGCCCACGCUCCUCAAGCGCGUCGCCUCCCACCAACAGAACACGAACGCGCACGCGCACGCGAGGACGGUGCUGACGUACGUCUCGAAGCACUGUCCGGCGCUGUUCAAGCCGCACGUGAGCGAGCUGGCCAAGGCGCUCGCGGAGAAGGGCGAGCGGAACGCGGGGCUCGUCGAGGUGGGCUUGAUGGCGCUCGCGGCGGUCGUACGGUGGGACGGGAGCUUGGCUGUUGGUGAUCGGCGGACGCUGGAGCGGAUAAAGCAGGCGGUGCUCGGGCCGAACGCGCGGCAUGCAAAGUUCGCUGCGAGGUAUUUGGCGUAUUGCAAGGACCGGGAGGAGAUGGCGAUUGAGGUUAUCGAGAAAAUCGCGGACGAGCUCGAAGACGUCGACGACGAGCACCUCGUCGCGCACCUCGCCGUCCUCGCCCAGUUCGCAAGACUGUCGCAGGAGGUGUUCGCGCACCGGAGCGAGGUCGUCACGACGUUCCUGCUCAAGAAGGUGCUCAUGGUCGAGUGUCCGCCUGACGAGGACGACAUGGACACAGACGUGGACUGGGUCGAAGACGCAGACGUCCCUGCGACGCUGCGCGCCCGCAUACUCGCGCUCAAGAUCCUCCGCAACCGGAGCCUCGCGUGCGCGGCGCGCGAGGACGCGCUCGAUAUAGCGGCGCCGACGCUCAAGAUGCUCGUCACGCUCCUGGAGAACCAGGGGGCGUAUACGCCUGACUCUGCCGACGACGACAAGUUCAAGACGCGGAUACGUCUGCAGGCCGCCGUCUCCUUGCUCCAUCUGUCCACGAUACAGGCUUACCAGGCCGUGAUCCACGCGAGCUUUGUUUGGCUCGCUAUCACUGUCCAGGAUCCAUGCUACAACGUCCGGGCGAUAUUCCUCACGAAGCUCGUAUUACUCCUUACACCCCGAAAACUGCCUGCCCGGUUCAACAUCAUCCCGUUCUUAACGGUGCACGAUCCCGAAGCGGACGUGAAGACCCGGGCUACCGCAUACGUGCAGUUCGCGGUCAGAUCGCUACCACCAUCGGCCAAAGUCGAAUCACUCGAGCUCAUAUUCAUACGCCUACUCCAUCUACUCGCACACCAUCCCGAUUUCUCGCUAGAGCACGAAAACCUACAGGAGAUGGCCAAGUACAUCGAGUACUACCUCGGCUUGAUCGCAACGUCCGAGAACAUCUCGCUGCUCUACCACCUCGCACUGAAGGGCAAGACCGUGCGCGAUUCGGAGUCGUAUGCGUUCAGCGAGAACCUCUACGCGACGAGCGAGCUCGCGCAGGAGCUCAUCAAGGUGCACGCCCAGACGCACUCGUGGAGCCUGGACAGCUACCCGGGCAAGGUCAAGCUGCCUUCGGAUAUUCUGAGAGCGUUGCCGAAUGCCGAGGCCGCGACGAAGAUCUUGAAGACUGUUUAUCUCCCUGAAGAUACCAUGUCGUGGCUACGGGAGGCAGCGCGGGCGCAGAAGGCGGCCAUAGCCAAGGAUAAGCGGAAAGAAGCACGAGAUGCCAAGACGUCGCCGCCGAAACGCAGAGGCCGGCCAAAGGCCAACGGCAAUGCAAAACGUCAGAAGAGAAACAAGGCGGCGCGGUGGAACAGCGACCAGUCGGAAUCCGAAGAAGAGGUUUCAGAAGACGAGAGCGGGGAGGAGCAAGAGGAAGAGGAGGCGCCGAAUCACCAGCGGGUCGACCCUGAUACAGAGAAGGCACCGGACACCUCUGAUGCACCGAGCGAAGAGGAAGCGAGCGAGAAGGAGGACAACGAGGAGACGGAAGGGCGGCGGAAGCUCGGGCGGAACGCGCGAAAUCGAGCGAAUGAGAAGAUACGGAAGCAGGUCGGCAAGGGCAGAGGCAAGAAGCGAUGAUUGUCCGCAAGGGGGUUCAUGUUCAGCGUUCGGACAGCUGGUCCAUCUGCGUUAUUAUUUCUCCGUUAUGUUUCGCAUCUUGAUAUCAUUCUUACAAUAUUUCUGGAUCUUGCCAUUGUGUCGUCUAUAUUGCUCCCUGUUCCUAACGCUUCACUAACACCUACGACCAGCUUUGUCACGCCACUUUGUCUUUUGCUGUCCAUGCUUCGCGAAACUAACUAAUGACGUGCUCGUGUAGAGUAAGUAUAUCUCCGGUCCCUUGCUGUGGCAUACCCGUAUGCGUACCAUAUCAUGCCCUGUGUCCUCCAUUUCUUACGACUUACGACACUGAUCCUGCCUUUGAGCUCUGAAUGAUCGAAUGAAAGAAACGAGCAAUGAAGCAAUAAUAGUGGAUAAAGUACGAGUGUAAAGGAGACGCCUUAUCACCACUCCCCUCCGAGGUUCAGGAUAUGCGCUCGCCGUUGUGCUCGCGGAUCGAGCUCUUCCAGUGGUGGGAGCUCCAUGACGUUGUCCACCCACGCCAGCGACCAGCCGCCGUUGCCUAUCUUGGUGCCGCCCAGUAUACGCGGUUUUUCGUCGGUGUACGGUAGCUGCUCCCACCGGCACUGCGUUGGUUGUGUGUCGGAGCGGUAAUGCACGAGCCCGGUGUGGGGCUCGUAUGCCCCGUAGGGCAUCGGGUCGUCCCGUCGUUUUCGUUUCUUCUCGACCGCCUUGCCUUUGCCCUUCGCACUCUCUACAACGCCGUUUCCGUCCACAUCCACUUCCAUGUCAUUGUCCUUCUCUUUACCGCCCUUCCCUUCUGCAGCCCUUUCCGCCCCCGCCUGACUGGACGACCCCUGGGGCAAAAUCCCUCCGCACGGUGUAAGCACCUCCCGUCUAAGCGUCGCCCACUCCUCGUCCUCCUCCAGCGUCCGCUGCGCAGCGACGUGCAUCCAGUUCACCUCCGACACGCCUUCGCGGUUGUACAAGCUCUUUCGCACGGGAUUCAGCGGGCCAUCGCUGAACGGGCCCCAGCCGACGCCACCAAAGAUCGUCGUCGGCCCGCCCGCGCGGUACAUGCCCCCUCCUCCUCCUCCUCCACCGCGGUCUCCUCUGGGAUUCAGGGCCUCGGCUUCGGCCUCCAGUUUCGCACGCGCAGCGGCGCUGCCCUGCGGGUCGGGCAGCUCGCCGACGGGGUCACCGGCUUUGAGGCCUCUCUCCGUGAUCUCGGCGAGAGACUUGGCCUCGUAGUAGUCGUCGGUGACCCAUCUGCCAUCGAUGAUCAUCUUGGCGCCAUGGAGCUUGAACGCGCUCCGCGCGGUGACGAGCGUGACGCUGCGCGUGCGCAGGUGGGCGCCGAGCUUGCCCGCCUGGAUGAGGAAGUCCUUCUCGGACUGCGACGCAGCGAGCUUGAGCGCGAGCAGAUUGCGCCUGAAGUAGUACAGCGAGUCGCGGAA